AUGGAGGGGUCAGAGAAGGAACCCUGUCAUGAUAGGCUUUAUCAGAGGAGACGGAGCUCCGUCGUCGUGAGUUUGCCCGGCUUGGAUGUUUCUCCAGGAGAUCUUUUCGUGUCCAAUGGAGCAGCUGACUUACUAAAUGACUCAAACUUCGCAGAUACCAAGAAGUCAAAGUGGCCUUUUUCGAGGCGUAGUACGAGUAAAGGCAAGCCGCAGACAUGCACGGUGUCAGAUAUUGAGAAAUGUCUCUCAACUGCGCAGAUUCAAGACUGGAGAAACUCGGAGCUUCAGAGAUUUAAGGACUACUCUCUGGCUGAGUUCCUGCAAGACCAGUCUUCCCAGGUCAGUGCUUCCUCUGACCCUCAGGGCUUCAAGAGACAAGAGACCAUCUGGGAGCUCUUCACCAGCGAGUGUGUUUACUUCAUGGAUCAACUCAUGGUUCUCAAAGAGGUGUUUUCGGCUACGCUCACGAACCUGCAGGUGACGCACUGCCUGACUGAUAUUGACUCGUGGAGGCUGUUUGCGAAUCUCAAUGAGCUUUGCCUGGUGAGCUCAGGUUUCCUAAACAGCCUCCUCCGCGUUAUCAAGAACAUGUUGGAGAUUACUGAGGGUGGCAGUCCCACCCUGCUGGAUCUGCUGGGGAAGGCUUUCCAGGAGAGCAUAUGCCACUGCCUGCAGACGUAUUGCCUCAACUACUCCACGGCUCUUCUGUAUCUGGACAGUCUGAAGCCCAGAGAGGACUUUGGGACUUACGUGAAGUGGUGUGAGAGGAGCAAGCAGUGCCGACGGCUUCACCUGCGUGACCUGCUGGUGGCACCGCUGCAGAGGCUAACUCGAUACCCACUGCUGUUGCGGAAUAUCGCAAAGAGAUGUCAGAAGGAGGACGAAACACGAGGGCUGGAACUUAUAGCAGAGCAAGUGGACAAAUCGAUAUUAUUUUUUCUUCUCUUUCUCCUCACCAUGAACCAGUUCCUUGAUAGCUGCCCCUCAAAUCUGAAACAUCUUCUGAAGGCUGUCACGCUGGAUAAUCUGAUUUCUCACAGGAGUCUGCUGCACGAAGGGAAACUCGUCCUCACAGAGAACGCAAAGCUCAUAGAUGUCUACAUGUUCCUCUUUGAUGAAUUCUUGCUGAUUACAAAGAUGAAGAGAAACAAGAAGAGGUCCGUAGGUCCAGAGCAGAAUCCUCUGAAAAACCUGGAGCUGGAUCAGAUGCUGAAGGAGGGAUGCACCUUCACGGUUCUCGACCAGCCAAUCUCUCUGGAUCGACUCCAACUUAGAAACAUCGAUCAACUUAAUGCCUCCUCAUCGGGGUUGCCUCAUUCUUUCAUAGUAAUGCACCAGAACCGCUACCAACAGUGUAUCGGUGCAUUCAUCCUGCAAGCUGCGUCAGAGGCUGUCAAGAGAGUAUGGAUGUCAAAGAUAGAGGGCGCAGUGACGGCGCUGCUGAAGCAGGACUCUCAGCAGGCACGAGUAAAGAGCUCCUCGCUGUGGCUGGAGUCUUCACAGAUAUGACCCAUCAAGCAGAACUAGAAGCCAUGUGAAAACGUUUCUACUGUUAAUGUGCACUUCACUGCCCCCUGAUGUCUUGUAAAUGACUGCACUAGCACUAGGAUGAUUUUGUAAACGGUUUGCCUGUGAAGGCAGCUGCUACAGUAGUGUAAAAUAAACAUCUCAUCAUGUAGUAAAA